AUGACAUCUACACCUAGUCCCCUGCCGUCCUCAGAUCAGAGUCAGAGCAACAACGAUACACCGAGACGGCGAGAUCGGACCAAUAGUGGAAAUCCCUCAAACGACUAUCAUUCGCCUUCAUCGUACCUAGAACAGGUCUACGGCCAGAGUACCCCGAAUACACCUCACGGCCAUGAGGUAUCAUAUGAAAUUCCUUUGACCGAUGUCUCGGUCACUCACGACCAACAACAACAUCAACAGCAGCCACCUCCUCAUUCCAUACCUCACCUCGACGACACUUACGCAUUUUCAUACUCUGAUUAUCAGGCCAACGACGACAAUGAACCCUUUUUACCGAUCCAGGAACAAGCUACACCACCCGCACCAUCCAGAGAAGAAGAUGAUAAAACUCCCAUUGUCACUGAUAUACAUGCCCAACCUAUCAAUUUACCUUGUCCGCCGAAUAUAUCUUCGAAUGAUCAAACUAUUAGAGCUUCUUCGCAUAAAAAACCUCCCCUCUUGUCACCAUUCAAGACCUUCCAUGAUCCACAACAACCUCACCAACCACAGCCACAAGCCCAGCAAUCACUCGCCCAGCCUCAAUCCCCCGUGUAUCCUUUACCUAUCGAACAUCAACAGUAUUUAGAUAACGCUGCGAUGUACUACGGUCAACAACAACCAGGAUUUAUCGCUUACCCUCAGCAGAUUUCACCUUCGGCACCCAUGAGCUUCGGUCAAUUCCCUCCGCAAUAUGCAGGUAUGCAACCUCAGAUGAACGGAAUGUACCCUGCGGAGAUUUAUCAGCCUCAACCGCAGUACGCUUUUGCAGGACCACCCAGGAGUCGGAACGGCUCGCCUACUUCCAGCAUAGCUUCAUCAGGCGUAUCUCUCGCUAGGACCGCAUCCACCUCAUCAGAUUUCCGCACCACUCGACCUAAAGUCAAGCUCACCUAUGAGGACAAGCGAAACAUUGUCAAUCUUCAUCGUCAGAACAGCUCGUUGAGACAGGAAGAUAUCGCUAGGAUGUACGGAGUAGAUAGAAGUACGAUUAGUAAGAUCAUUCUAUCCUCUCAUCGGUGGACACAACCCCAGGAACCUCAAGCCCCUCCUGCUCCCAAAGUACCUAAAGCUGUUGGUGGGAGAUUCCCAGCGGUGGAAGCUAAAUUAGAUGAAUGGAUGGAUGCGCAACUUGCUGCUGGUCAGGAUGUACGUGAUAACAUCGCCAGAGAAAAGGCGAAGAGUUUCGCUAGGGAGAUAGGUUUUCCUAUGGAUAGGUUUAAGGCUUCAGCUAAAUGGCUUGAUAAGUUCAAGGACCGCAGAAAGGCUGCUGGUAAAGCUGUUGUUUCACCAUCCCAACCAGAAUACGGGUACUACUCUUAUGCUGCGAACCCGUACCCCGUUAUGGUCUCACCCAUGGAAGGUGGUGUCAACUUAUCUCGAUCACAAUCGACUGUCACCCUUUCCUCAUCAGACUCCAGCGGUCAGGAGCAAUAUCCUGCAUCUGUUUACCUUCAAACCGACAGUGGUCAUUCUCGAAUGGGUUCUACUCGUUCUGAAUCUGAUUUGCUCAACUCUCAUGAUAGUACACCAAACAGUCGAUCAAGAUCGCAAUCUUCGCCUCAUGUGUUGAUCGAACCCGGUAUGCAAUCCCCGUCAUCCGGGAAAGUUCUCAAACAUCGACCUACACCAUUAGCAUUACAACGUCAGAACUCGUUCCAAGGAUCCACCACCAGUCCCUCACCUCGCCGACCUGGUGGUUUGAUACGUACGAACUCCACUCAAGGUAACGCUAGACGGACUGGUAGACCUCUGAGUCUGGCAGCUUCAGCAUUCGGAUUUACGAAUGUUGAUCCUACCACAUCGGCACAGCAAUCUCCUAUACAUUCGCCUACCAUCAGCGGCGGGCAUUCCAGACAGAGAUCGGAUGUAUCUGUAUCGAAUGGUUUCUCAGGUAUGACUUUAUCACCUAACGUAUCGGAUAAUGGACGAUCAUCGAACGAAAGCGGAAUGAUGCCUAUACCAUUGUCAAUGGGUAAUAUUCCCCCUCUGACACCUAUAACACCUGCUCAAGGCUCGACGGGAUCAGUAUCAACUAACGGUGUAUUCCCCAAUAUGGAAUAUGGUGAUAUCAUACCUAACGAUAUGGGAAAUAUACCUAUGAUACCUGUACAUCAUCCUCAUCAUCAACAACAGAUACAUUACGCCAUGAUGCCCAAUAAACAUUAUAUAUCACAUCAUCCUCAUCCUCACGCUCAACAGAUGUAUACUCAACAUGGAGCUAUGGUCUAUCCUUCCGCACCGAGCGAUUUCGGUCCUCCUACCACUGCUCAGGGAUACAUCAUCCCUCAUCAACAACACACGCAACAAUGGCAGUAG